GAUUGGUGGAGAGGCCGGAGCGCGUCCUCGGAGCUGAUUGGUGGAGAGGCCGGAGGAAACGUCCGCCUGACAACCACAGCUAGGGAGGUAACGGCGGAGAGACGCGAGACCACACGGAGACCCAUCAACGCGCGUGUUUCUCAUCCGAGGAAAAGGGGACCGACCCUCGAGACCCCCACAGGACCGCAGUUGUUUGUGUAUAUGUGCACGUGACCCGACUGCCACUAUGACGGCAGAGGAGACCAUCAACAUAAAGGAGGUGGAGGUUAUUAAGGUGAUCCUGGACUUCCUGAACUCCCGCAAGCUUCACAUUAGCAUGUUGGCGCUGGAAAAGGAGAGCGGUGUGAUCAACGGCCUUUACUCGGACGACAUGCUAUUCCUCAGGCAGCUGAUUCUGGACGGCCAGUGGGACGAGGUGUUACAGUUCAUCCAACCCUUAGAGUGCAUGGACAAGUUUGAUGGGAAAAGGUUCCGCUACGUCAUGCUGAAGCAGAAGUUUCUGGAAGCUCUGUGUGUGAACAACGCCGUGUCGGCCGAGGAGGAGCCCCAGAACCUGGAGUUCACAAUGCAGGAGGCUGUGAAGUGUCUCCAUGUGCUGGAGGAGUUCUCUCCCUCUAAGGAGGACUACAGCAAGCUGUGUCUGCUGCUCACGCUGCCGCGUCUCACACACCACGCCGAGUUUAAGGACUGGAACCCCAGCACGGCACGCGUGCACUGUUUCGAGGAGGCGUGCGGCAUGGUGGCUGAGUUCAUCCCUGCGGACAGGAAGCUGAGUGAGGCGGGUUUCCGCGCGGGGGCUGACCGCCUCUUCCAGCUCCUCAUCAAGGGCGUCCUGUACGAGUGCUGCGUGGAGUUCUGUCAGAGCCGCGCCACAGGCGAGGACAUCAGCGAGAGCGAGGUUCUGCUGGCCGUGGACGUGCUCAGCGGGAACGGCUGCGAUGACCUGGACCUCAGCCUGCUGUCGUGGCUGCAGAACCUGUCGCCGGGUGUCUUCUCCUGCGCCUUCGAGCAGAAGAUUCUGAACAUCCACACGGACCGACUGGUGAAGCCGGCCAAGGCGCCGCACGCGGACCUGCUCACGCCUCUGCUCAGCAAGUUGUCGCCGUACCCGGCCUCGCCGCUACGCCGCCCGCAGUCUGCUGACACCUACAUGAGCCGCUCCCUCAACCCCGCGCUCGACGGCCUCGCCUACGGCCUGUCGGGGCUCGACAGGAGAUCGGGGGGCGGGGCCAUGGACCCCGCGAAGACCACGCCCAUGUCACACUCGUUUGCCAACUUUCAGUACCCUGGCGGGCAGAACCAGAGCCGCAGUCUGAUGAUGGAGGACUCACAGUGCCACAGUAUUUUUGAGGAAUCGCCCGAGAGCUCCAGGACUGAAACUCCCUCUGAUAAAAUGCUGAAUUCACCGGCGCCCCAGAACUCUCGGCCUGUACCCGCCCCGGGGCAGGAGGCCCCUCCCCCCGCCUCCGCAGACAAGAACGAGUUGCGGGACUCCAUGGAGCAGUUUCAGGAGUAUUACCGCCAGCGUUUGCGGGUGCAGCAGCACCUGGAGCAGAAGGAGCAGCAGAAACAGCUCUACCAGCAGAUGCUGUUGGAGGGCGGAGUCCAGCAGCAGGAGACUCCGCCCACCGCUAAGCACAACCUCACAGAGACCUUUCUCAACAGGUCUAUUCAGAAGCUGGAAGAGCUGAACGUUGGUAUGGACAGCCUGGGAGAGGAGGUGCAGACUCUCUCACUGCAGUGUAACGGUGGAGCAGGUGACACUGCAACCCCAGCAGGGGGCGCCCCCAACACCCCACACCCUGAGGAGGGGGCGGGGCCUGCCAGCAGCACCCCACAGAGGGGGGAGGGGCAGGCAACCAUGCAGCCCCCCUCUGAGUCGCCUGUUCUGCCCCAGAGUACUCAGAAGAGAGGCGCGCUGAGCGAUAGCAGUCUGACCCGCACUAAACCCGCAGAGGGAGAGAAGUCGAAGGCGAAAUUUGUUGCGGUUAAUACUCUGGAGGAUACACAAGCUGUGCGCGCUGUUGCCUUCCAUCCACUGGGGGCGCUGUAUGCCGUGGGCUCCAACUCCAAAACCCUGCGCGUGUGUGCCUACCCCGACACACUUGACACCAGUGGCACUGGUGCGUCUAACCCCCCAGUCGUGUGUUUUAAGAGGAACAAACACCAUAAGGGUUCUAUCUACUGUGUGGCCUGGAGCCCCUGUGGGCAGCUGCUAGCUACUGGAUCCAAUGACAAAUACGUUAAAGUCCUGCCGUUCAACCCUGACACCUGCAAUGCUACGGGUCCUGAUCUGGAGUUCAGCAUGCAUGACGGGACUAUUCGGGACCUGGCCUUCAUUGAAGGUCCUGACAGUGGGGGUUCCAUCCUGAUCAGUGCAGGAGCAGGAGACUGUAACAUCUACACCACCGACUGUCAGAGAGGACAGGGCCUUCACGCCCUCAGUGGACACACGGGUCAUAUCCUGUCUCUGUACACGUGGGGUGGCUGGAUGAUUGCGUCAGGUUCACAGGACAAGACCGUGCGUUUCUGGGACCUGCGUGUGCCCAGCUGUGUCAGAGUGGUUGGCACCGCCUUCCAUGGCUCAGGCAGUCCGGUAGCCUCUGUGGCUGUGGACCCCAGUGGACGUCUCCUGGCUACGGGACAGGAGGACAGUGCCUGUAUGCUGUAUGACAUCCGUGGAGGACGCAUGGUGCAGACAUAUUGUCCCCACGCGGGGGACGUGCGCUCCGUCCGUUUCUCUCCCGGGGCACACUAUCUGCUCACGGGCUCCUACGACACCAAGGUCAUCAUCACCGACCUGCAAGGGGACCUAACAAAACAGCUCCCCCUGACUACCGUUGGUCACCAUGGUGAUAAGGUGAUCCAGUGCAGAUGGCACCCACAGCACCUUUCCUUUCUGUCUUCAUCAGCCGACCGUACAGUCACACUCUGGACACACAACACGUAGAGCCUCCGCUCACCACCAGGGGGAGACGGCACCAAACAUCCUCCUCUGCUCCAGCAGCCCACCUAGUUGGAUGAAAAUAAGUGUAAUCUCAGUGCUUUGCCUGAGCUCAGUGUCCAUUGCUUGGGAAUGCUUAUGAAAUCAAUGUGUAUAAUCAACGUAAUGCCUUUGUGGAUGGUGAUGUGAGGUGUAAUGUCCUAUGAAUGAUGACUAGGCUCAGAUCUGUCAUGGAGAACCCCAGAGAACCUCCAGCUCAGCUCACAUUGUGUGUGAUGACACUGAAGGUCCAGGUGUCUUCAAGUGAACUUCAGUACCGAGGAAACGACUUCAAACUAAUUUAACGUUUACACAGACAUAGAUGAUCUAAAGUUUCAGUGCUUCUGUUCUUUCUCAGUGUUAUUUUCUGCACUUUGUAUGGAAUGCUUAUAUUUUAUGAUGUAGUUUUUAUUUAUUUGCUGUUAAUUUUUUAUUGAUAUUUAUUUUUAAGAGCUAAACUAACAUUGACAUGUUUGUUUGAACGCUUAUGUUAAUGACCUUCAGUUUAAUUUCUCACAGAAAUUCCUAAAUGGUAGGUAGCUUUUAAAUGGCUUUGGAACUAAUGUCCUCAGUAGCUUAUGAGAAACAGGUGUGUGAGGCUGUAUAACGUCCAAAUAAAAGCUUGUUUGUCACUCUCCAUGGUGAUGAUGAGAAAA